AUGCUGGAAAUGGCAGCUCUUCUCAACCUCCUUGCCAACAAGAAUAGCCCCUGGCAGCUUCUGCAUCUCAUCUCAGGGAGCAUCCCCAACAUCUGCUCCAAGAGCGCCAGUGGGGUCCAACACAAUGAGUUGCUGCUGGUCCAGGACAUUGCCAAGAUUCCCAAGCUCAUGGCCUACAAGAAGCCCUCCCUCAUCAAGAGGUGGAACCUGAAGUGGGUCCACAUUGCUCCUCAGUGCAUCAACUGA